GCCUCGUCCACUUUUCUCAUCCCUUCCCCACAGCCGCCGCCGCCGUCGGCGCCGAUAGAGGAACCCUAGAUCCCAACUUCGUCGCCUUCCCUUGCUGCGCGUGCGGCAUGGAUCCAUGCCCGGCGCCGCCCCGUGUCGGUCCCGUCUUGAGGAAGCUCUUUGGCCCCUCCUGGCUAGUCUUGGACCGCUUCAUCCAUCGCAGCGACCAGGACCUGGAGGACGAAGGGGACGGCACAGCAUCGGAGACCUCCUACACCUGCACCAACAGGCCCAUCCGCGUCUCCCUCAGGGUCGCCGACUCUCCCGCAGUGUCCCGUCUCUACCUCCAUUGGCCGGGCAGGCCGGAGUUCAGAGGCCUGCCGGAGCCACGCGUGAUUGCCGCCCACGACCACUCCAUCCUCUUCAUGGCGAUCGUACCCUUCGAGGACCCAAUGUACCAAUGUGCUGCAAGGACACCUACCUGUUCCCCAUCGACAUGUUCGUCUACUCGGCCUUCUCGUCGCCACCGUCGCUUCAUCGACUUCGCACUUGUUUCACCGGUGGCGUCAGCACCCCAGAUGAGGAUAUCUACUUCAAGCCGCACCGUCGUCGGCAGCAGAGAGCCAUGCUGGAUGAAGAGAUCGGCCUCCUGUGCCAUGGAGGCAAAGGCGAGUUCACGGUGGUCGAUUUCACCAACUUUGGCCCAGAGGGCGAGCUCUGCCUGCUUCACCACCAUGCUUCUGCCUCUGGCUCGCAGAAGAACAUUGAAACAGACUGGAUGAUUAAGAAGGUGGAGUUUCCCAAGGGCCCCAGUGCUCACUAUUGGAUUACUGACGCUAUCA